AUGGAGAAGUUCGUAGUCCGUCUACCGCCAUCAAGAAACAAUACCCGAGGCACAAAUUCCUCUCAAAAUGAUCCUUCUCGAACCAUCGAUCCACAACAAAUCAAUCUGCGCCCUGGAUGGAGUGUUCAGUUGAAAGAUGGGUCGUACCUCCAUAUCAGAUCGUGGAAGACAGACCGCCUCAAUCGAAUCAUCUUCAAGGGCUACAAACUUGUGUAUCCAAACACUGAUGACCAUUGUGUCGAAUUUGAAAAUAAGGAGCUUCUUUGGGUUUCUUACGCCCACCCUAAAGACCAACAGGUGAUCGAGUUUGAGAGAUCGGAGGACGAUGUAGUUCGAAAUUGCCGAAUCAUCUUCACGAAUCAGCCGUAUCAUAACAUGAACUAUGAGCAGGACGCAGGAAGUUCACUCGAGCCACUGUACUUUUGCAGAUGGAAACGCGUUCUGCCUCUAGCUUCUGAAAUGUAUCGCAGAAGAAAAGAAGGUACCAGACACCUGAGAGGCAGUGUCGAGCAUCUAAAACCAUCAGAUUCCAUGUGCGGUCAUCGUCUUCAGAAGAGCGGAGCUCUGGUGCCAAUUCGGAUCGGUGACAAAGAGGUCCGAGAAAUCUGGCGUGGGGUUGGUGUCACAGCUCUGGGUGGAAGUCAUCAAGAGCACAUUUUUGAUGACAUAACCAUGAAGCAGUACACAAUAGCGGACUGUUGUUGCGGUGCCGGUGGUGCUUCUCAGGGUGCACUCGACGCAGGUUUGAAAAUCAAGUGGGCGUUCGAUAUGGAUCGAGAUGCGAUGGCUACCUAUACCAAGCGCUUUUUUAAUCGUUGUGGUACUGAAUGUCGACUGGAGAAUUGUGCCGACUUCCUCAGGCAUGUAAUGCGCGACCCACGUCCAUAUCUUGUUGACAUCAUGCAUGUGAGCCCUCCUUGCCAGCCUUUCUCACCAGCAAAUACAACACCAAAUGCGGAGAAGAACGCGGCCAACCUUGCUACUUUUACCACGGUAGAAGAUCUCAUCCGUCUUACUCGCCCUCGAAUUGCAACAGUGGAGGAAUCCGAUGGUCUGGAGAAGGAAAAACAUCGAGACUGGUUUAUUAAGCUUAUCUCAAUGUUUACCGGCUUAGGAUAUAGCGUUCGAUGGGCGGUUCUGAAGUUGAGUGAAUAUGGAGUGCCACAAACGCGUACACGACUCAUCAUGAUUGCUGCUGGCCCAGGUGAACAGCUUCCAUCACUGCCCAUGCCAACCCAUGGCAAUGGCAGCCACCUACAUCCACUGCCAUCUAUUCGAGAUGCUAUUUCAAAUAUUCCCUUCGGCUUGCCAGAUCAUAAUGUCAACAGUGCACAUUCAAUCGCCAAGAAUCCGUUUAAUCCAGAGACUCUAUCAGGCACUAUUAAGUGCAGUGGAAACAGCGAGAAGGUUUAUCAUCCAGACGGCCAGAGACUCUAUACGACAUGCGAAAUGAAGCUAAUCCAAACCUUCCCACUUGAUUUCAAGUUUAUUGGUGGAAAGACGUCGCAGAGCCGACAAAUCGGUAAUGCGGUACCUCCGCUUGCAGCAAAAGCGUGGUUCACGGAGAUCAAAGAGUCGCUAGCGACAGCAGAUGAGCGGGAGGUUGCGAGCAAUGGUAACAUCUAG